AUGACGGAUACAGAUGAGCUAGACAUUAACAAGUUCUUCCGAUUUCUUCAGACUGCUUACCUAGAUGUGUAUGAAGCAGCCCAGGAGAGAUGUUACACUGUCUGUAUCCCCCAACAGUCUUCUCUCAGUAACAUCAACAUCUCAAAAAUGUUUGUAGAAACUCACAUAUUGAGGCCAUCUCCAUAUUUCAAAAGUGAAUUUCUGACGCUCAAGUCCAGUGACAGAAUUGUACAUCUAGAAGAAAAUGGAAAAGAGCUUCGAACUGGUGAUGGAUUCUCCUGUCCAUAUAAAGUGAAGAUACUGAGCGAAGAACUUGGCUAUAACAAGGACUACAAGCCAUUUAAAAUCUUGGUGAUAGAAAAACCACUGGACACCUUUAAUCAGGUGACCUCAUCACAGGCAAGAGAUAGAAAAAGAAGUGAAAGAAUUUCAGACAAAGAUAAUGCUUUGUCUGUUAAAGAGUGCCGUGAGAUUUUAUCUGAGGAAUAUGGACAGGUGACCAAGUCUUUAGAUGACAGUAUUCGGGUAUUUGAGGCAAACUACAUGAUACUUACAGAGUACAUGGAUGAUGCUUGUCAGCGACUCCAGGAUAUCAGCAUGGCUGCAGUUGAGAAAUGUUUAAAGUGUGGACAGAAGCAACAGAAGGGCAAAUCUCAAAUGACACGCGAAGAGCUUGAUACACUGAUGGAAAGCUAUGUAGUCGGAAGUGUUUACACCAAGUUGUUUCAUGCUAUUUGUGACAAACUUCGAGCAGAUGAUGAGUGCCUAUUACAGAAAUGUAAACAACUGGAGGGUGUGACCUCUGACAAAUUGAAAGUCAGCCAAGACUUCACCUGUCCUCUGCCUGGAGCGGUUGUGGAGCUGGCUACUGUUGAUGGAUUAAGAACACCCCUGGAGAAGUUACAUUGUCUCAAAGCAACCAUUGACUGUAUUACAGAGACGAUCAUGUCACACGUAAUUGAUACUCACCAAUCCAGUAUAUCAUUAGUACCUUCCCAAGAUAUUCCACGUCUGACCUCUGAUGACCUUAUUCCAAUUCUUGUGACUGUGAUAGCCCAGGCACGGUGUACACAUCUGGCUAGUAAUAUGUUCUACAUAGAGAAGUUUCAUUGGUCGGCAGAGAUCAACGACAGAGAUAAUCUCAGCUACUGCAUGGUAACAUUCAAGGCAGCAGUGCAGUAUAUGAUCAACACAGACUUUUCUCACUUUCAAGGUCAAAAGUUGAAGGUCAAACGAGAGAUCAGUAUUGAUGAGCUAAUGAGUGCCACCAAAGAUGUGACCUUACAUAGGAAUGACUAUGGUGACAAAAAUGAGAAAGAUCACAUUGGAACCACGCCCACAAACAGGAGAGACCAACAGUUACAGAAAAUAUCCAAACUUAUUCAAGAAACAUCUGAUUUUUGGAAUAAACCGAAAUCUUCCACGAUAGAACAGAAGAGUGUAUUUGGCGACCGUUACCAACAAUCAAUUACAAGUCCAGAUGUCAGUCAUCCUGUAACGACUUCAGAGAGAAAACCGCCCUCACAGUUCGGGGGAUUUCUGGGAUCUUUAGAAGAUGACAUAUUUGAACAGUCAUUUGGAAAACAAACUUAAUGUUGACAUAAAGUAGUUAAAACUUAAUAACUCGGCAGAACACAAUAGUAAUGAAAAAUUGACCAUUUCAUCUUUUAAAAAAAAGACAUGCUAUCCUCAACACACCAAAAUACCAGCAAGAUCCCUGGUGUCACACAGAUCAGCCAUACUGCCAGAAACAAAGAUCCCUGGUGUCACACAGAUCUACCAUACUGCCAGAAACAAAGAUCCCUGGUGUCACACAGAUCUACCAUACUGCCAGAAACAAAGAUCGCUGGUGUCACACAGAUCAGCCAUACUGCCAGAAACAAAGAUCUCUGGUGUCACACAGAUCUACCAUACUGCCAGAAACAAAGAUCGCUGGUGUCACACAGAUCUACCAUACUGCCAGAAACAAAGAUCCCUGGUGUCACACAGAUCUACCAUACUGCCAGAAACAAAGAUCCCUGGUGUCACACAGAUCUACCAUAC